AUGUCAAUGGAUAGUCUCUCAUCUUCAGAUUGUUUCCAGUUGGCUGAGACAGCAUUUCGCCAUGGUUACUCAAACACUGCCGCUGAGUGGCUGGCAGAAGCCUUAUAUUUAAAGGAUCCAAGUCCCAAGCUGGCGAAAUCUCGCGAGGAAAUGGUUAACCAAUUGCUUAAGUCCGCGAAGACACGGUUCAAAGGUUUACAAUGCGGACAUACAGAAGGCAGCAACACACAUGACAUCUGUCACAAUAGCAGCAAAGACGGACAUGGACAGGAUGUGGACAGCACAGAGCCUGACGGACAUGGACAGAGUGUGGACAACACAGAGCCUGACGGACAUGGACAGGAUGUGGAGAGCACAGAGCCUGACGGACAUCGACAGGAUGUGGACAGCACAGAGCCUGACGGACAUGGGCAGCAUGUGGACAGCACAGAGCCUGACGGGCAACGACAGGAUGUGGACAACACAGAGCCUGGCGGGCAUCGACAGGAUGUGGACAGCACAGAGCCUGACGGACAUGGACAGCAUGUGGACAGCAAAGAGCCUGACGGGCAUCGACAGGAUGUGGAUAGCACAGCGCAUGUCGGCUGCGCAUCGCUAGAGGGAGACGCGUUGAGGGAGGAGGAGAUAUUCACCCGGCUAUGUCGGGGAGACAUUAGUGUGCAUCAGACUGGAGACAGCGUCAGAACGUGUGCGUAUAAGAGGUCGAAAGCGUCCUACCAUGGCUGGAAACAGGAAGUUCUCUCCGGAGAUCCCUACAUUGUCUUAUUUCAUAAUGUAAUAAGUGAAGAAGAAGGGCAACAUUUGAUGGAUUUGUCCAAGAAUCUGUUGGAGCGAUCUGCCGUGGGUCAGCCUGACAACGGUGUAAUCGUGGAAGCCAGGAUCAGUAAAGUUACUUGGUUGUGGGAUAACCAUACAAGUAUUAUCAACAAACUAAGCAGGAGGGUGGAGGACAUAACCGAUCUGUGCACGUUGUUUAGAGAAAAAGGCGCAUGCGCAGAGCCCUUCCAGGUUUUAAAUUACGGCAUUGGGGGGCAGUACCACAGCCAUUUUGAUUUCUAUCAAGACAGAGAGAUGGUAAAGAAGACGCCUUCAUUUGUCCGGGACAGCGGGGAUAGGCUAGCCACCUUGAUGUUUUACCUAAGUGAGGUGUUCGCCGGUGGCGCCACGGUGUUUCCAGAAGUUGGCGUUAGGAUAGCACCUGUGAAGGGAGCUGCAGCAUUUUGGUAUAACUUUAAAGAGGGACGGGCUGAUUUGAGGACUAAACAUGGCGGCUGUCCAGUCCUCCGAGGAGAAAAGUGGGUAGCCAACAAGUGGAUUCAUGAAAUCGCCAAGGCGUCAUUAAGAUAAAGUUAUUUCUCAUUUCUGGCUAACCACAAAAUAUUACACUGCUGAUAGCCCAGCAUGUAGUGCUGACAGCCUGAAAGUACCACUGACAGCCGACACUGGGGUAAGGAUACACCACUGGCAGCCGACAUACAGUGCUGACAGUCUGGAUAUACCACUGACAGCCGACAUGUACUACUGACAAUCUGGAUAUACCACUGACAGCCAACAUACAGUGCUGACGGCCUAGAUAUACCACUGACAGCCGACAUAUGCUGCCUGGAUAUAUAUCUGACAGUAGAGAUGUAGUGCUGACAGCCUGGAUGUACCACUGACAGACGACAUGUAAUGCUGAUAGAUUGGAUAUACCUCUGGCAGUCGACGUGCAG